GGGAGUAAGAUUGGCGGUGGAGGACGGCAGGAAUAGCACAGAGAGAAUGCGGCAGUGUGCCUGUCUGCGCGACGUCGUACAGGCAUCGAACACGGUAGAGCUAAACGCAGAGGUGGGCGUUUGAGCAACGAAAUCGUCGGGCCCGGAACGAGAGGAGGGUGCCUGAUGAUCCGGAAGAGUGGUAAAGUUGAAAGUCCGCUGGUGAGCUGUACCUUAAUUGUCGAGGCUCAGGCACCUUUUAGGUUCAACCCCUGGCUCAUCCUCAGCUGGCUUUUCCCCGCCAGCCAGAUGGACAUCCCUCCCUCUACCAACGUCGACGACAACAUGGCCGCAGUCGCCACCAUGCCCGCAGUCGCCACCAUGCCCCAGCCAUCGUCUGCAGCGACGACAAGCCCUGGUCCGCCCACCACCCCAGGCAACAGGCGUUAUCGUCCUGCUCCCGCCAAGACGUUUCAGUGCAGGGGCUAUGGCGAUUGCAGGAUGGUCUUCAGUAGGAGUGAACACCUUGCCAGGCACAUCAGAAAACACACCGGCGAGCGGCCCUUCACUUGUCACUGCGGAAAGCAAUUUUCGCGUCUCGACAACCUCCGCCAGCACGCUCAGACCGUGCACGCCGACAAGCAGGACCAGAACGAGCGCAUGAUGCAGGAGCUCACCUCCUUGCACGCGUCUAUGUCCGCUGCCAGCAAAGGCGGUCCUGCUCGCGGAAAGCGCGCUUCGGCUGCCAACUCCAACCCCUCCAGUACCUCCCCUACUGCAGCUGCCCUUGAUGGUUCCGUGCCCUCCAUGUCCAUCAAGCAAGAGGACUCCCUCGCCGCCAUGUCUGCCGUUCACCCGCGCCCUGGUACCAGCACUGGCUACGAAGACGGCAACGGCCUCAUGUACCACACUGGUCCCUGGCAAGUCCCCUCCAACGUCGAUCGCCGUUCGGGCAACAGUCAUUCCUUUCGUGACUCCAGCCAGUCCUUUCGUGCCCCAGCAUCCAACUCUCCAACAUCAGGCUCCCCCACAGCUCCAGCCUUCCCUCAGCAACAGCUCCAGCAACAACACUCCGGCCAGUCCUUUCUCGUCCCCCCCUCCACCUCAUUCAACUUCAGUCUCCCCAAUAUCCCAGACUCUUCCGCCUCAAGUACUCGCCCAGGAUCCAGCUCUGGCCCUCGCCCACCUUCAGCAGACAACAAUCGAUCCCUCCCACCCAUCUCUACCAUCGUCGCCGCAUCCCUCCCUUCAGCCCUCUCUCUCCCGCACCAACCCUACCUUUCCGGUUCAGCGUUCGGCCUCCCGCAUGAGCAACUCCGACCGCCAUCAUCGCUCACAUCUUCACACAUACUACCCUUACCCACCCCCUCAGCACACUAUAUCCACAGUCGACGACCAUCCACAGCAACUCGCCCAGGAUCUGGAUCCUUACCACCCCUGGCCUCCUCACGCGAACAUCGUCCAGAGCUAUCCUUAUCCUUCCUCUCUGGACAUGGACGCUACUCAGGCGGGGCCGAGUCAGUACUCCGAUCAACUGCAGUUGCCGAUCCAGGAGACGAACCCACAUCUCCAAACAACUACGAGUCUCCAUUUUCCUUCCACGCUCCCUCAACAACAGCAGCAGCAGCAACCUCAUCCUCAGCGUCGUUCACCGACUACCGCCCAACAUCUUCCGUCCCCAACCCGCGCAAACGACCUCACUCAGGAUCCGAUGAUGAUGUCCCACGUGGAAGAGGAGAUGCUGGUCGCCCAAUUAGCAGUAGCGGCGGGCGUAGACCAGGUACCAGUGGAUUACCCAGCUUCGCUGCACACGCAUCAGAGUACGAAUACGGCUCAGAGUCUCGGCCACAAUCUCGACGGCUCUCCGUCAUGGAACUCUGCAAUAAUGACGACGACGCAGAUGCAGCAACUCGACCGUUUAUACCGUUUCCAAGCGCAGCAUCAGUCUCACGGCCCACAACUUCGUCAGGACUCGUCACGUCAGCCUCUCAACUCGCACUCGUCGAUAGGCCAACACCACCACCCCCAGCAAUCGCCGCAGCCAACUCAGCAGCAACAACGGGGUCCCCAGCCUCCACCCACUCCUAUCUCUCACGGUCCUCUUCCCCAGAACACGUCCGUACGAGCCCAUCUUUAUUCACAAGAGCUUCGUAUGCAGCAGGAGGAGCAACUGCGCCGACAGCAGCAGGAGCGGAAUUUCCAAGAGGAGCAGCAGCAGCAACGCGAGCAUCAGGAACGCGAACGUCGGAAUUCGGAGGAGGAAUACCUUCGUCGGCUUCAUGGGGCUUAUCAGGGUACUCACAGCAACAACCACAGUCCCCACUCUCUCGCUCAUCCAACGGGGGGUCACCCUUACUUUCCCGCUCAGCAGGCGGCGGCUCAACAGCAGCAGCAUCAGGGGGAGGUCACUUAUAUUAUAGAACACACUCCCCUACCGCAUCACCACCAGCAGGGAGGUACCACUCCGGAAGGGCACCAGGCGCAGUAUCACCCGUCAGUGAUGCUGGAUCGUCAUCAGGGGGGUUAUCACCUGGUGGACGGUCAACUGGAGCUGGCAGUUCAGGAGGGGAGUCCCAACGGGGGAAUGAUCAGGUACGAUUCGCCACUGCCGUUGGUAUGAGGGCUUGACCGCGCGCUGCUCCUUCACUCUUUUCCCUUUUUGCUUAUACGAAUCCGAGAACCUACCUUGAAUGAGCGAACUCUCUUCUUCUAUUAUUUCGCUUCAACUGCAGUUAUUUAUACCUUAUGGGGAUGGGUAAUGAUGGAUUCCUUGGCUCUUUCUUUCUUCUUGUCCUGGUUCGAGAUCCAGUCCUAUUGGUUAUUUGUACGCCCCCACUGCCUGCCUGCCUGCCUGCCUCAGUUACAACAACUUGCUGUAAUCGCUUCGCUUCAACGUUCUCAUGCAUGCAUUUUUUGGCUAUAGGGUACUUUGUAGUUAGAACGAGUCUUUGUGUUUUCUCGCUGGUCUGGUCUAGUCUGCGUUCGUUCCAUGUCCGUUUUCGCCCUUAGGAAUCUUGUAGUAUACUAUCAAUGUAUGUAGUACUGCUCGGAAUACCAUAAUACCCUUUUCCGAGCACUUUUACCCGGUCGUUAGAUCUCGUA